ACUUCAAAAUCUCUCUGUUCCUCCAAAUUCUUUAGCACAAAAUGGGUUGCUGUCUCAGCAAGAAACCUUCUCCUUCUCCUCUUCCCUCUAAUGUCAGUUCUUGUUCUGUUAAACCCUCAGAUCCCAUCAAACCAGUGAUUAAGCUUUUGGAAGAAGAAGCAAAACCCAAAUCUGAGAAACUGAAUCAAGAAGAAGUGAUAAAACACAGAAGAAGUCAUGAAGAGAGAUCCAAGAAGACAGAAUCAGAUAAAGAUUCUUCAGUUUCUUCUCCGGUGGCUGAGAAAUCGAAUUCUACACCGGUUGUGAGAAUCUCGAGCUGUACUAAAGAAGAAGUUGAUGCUAUAUUGAUACAAUGUGGGAAGCUAAGUAGAAGCAACUCUGCUGCUAAAACAAGAAGAUACUCUGGUUCUAAGAGAAGUUUUGAUUUUGACCAGAACGAGAGAAUCCGCGGCGGCGAUGCGGAGGAGGAAGACGGAAUGCAGCGGAAUCGUCACCGUGGAGUAGAGAGAGUUAAUGGUUCGCCACGAGAACGGAGAAGACGAACUCCAAGUAGAGAAAGGGAAGAUUUAAAGAGUUAUCGAUCGGGAAGCAGAGAAAGAGGAAACAACGGCGGUGGUGGUGGUAGGCGAGUGAGUAGAUCUCCGGCGAAACGAUCAGAGGUUCCAAACGCUAAUUCGUGUGGCAGUUCGGUUAAUUCGAGCAAUAAUAGACCGGGAAAGUUUGUUACGAUUCCGGCAACGGAUAAGAGUAACAAUGUAGAGCCGUUGGUGAAACGGAUUACGGUUAAGAGAAACAUCGGAGACGCUUGUAGAAUCGCAGCAUCUCCAAGAUCAAAGUCUUCGGCAAGAGCGGGGAAUAAUGUUCCCUCGCUAAGCCGGAGUAAUUCAAGAAAGGCGGAACAAUCACCGUAUAGAAGAAAUCCAUUGGGAGAGAUUGAUCAAAACUCGUCGAAAAUUGGAUCUUGUAACACCAAGAAGAUGAUAGAAUCUGUGAAACCUAAUUCAAGAACAAGUAGAGGUCCAAGCCCGAGUCGUGCCGCAGUUGUAGAACUUACGAAACCUCCUCAAGAUGUAUUAAGCAGAAGCAGAUCGUUAAGGAAAUCGCGAGAUUUCGAUUUGGUAUCAAACGAAGAUAACAAUUACACUGCAUUGUUGUUGAAAGAUAUUCAGAAUUUUCAUGGGAAGAGUGUCGAUGAUAACGCGAUUUCGCUGCCAUUAUGUGUGACUAAAGCUUGUUCCAUUGUUGAAGCAGUGGCUGAUCUUAACUCUAUGACCAACAACACUUGUUUGAGCUCUGAUUCGAGCCGGUUUCGGUUCACAUCGACUGCGAAGAAAGCGGAUCUUAUGGAACCAAGUUUUGAGAAGUAUGUGACUGUGAAGAGAGGUGGUUCGUUGGAAGAAUCAUCUGGUCAUAUAGUUCUUUGGACUGCUAACAUGGCAACAAAUACUGGACUUGAGGAUCUUGUCAAUCAGAUUAUUUCGGUGAUUACAAAUGAUGGACGCAACAUUGUGGGAGUUCUUAAAGGUUUUGACCAAGCUACAAAUAUAAUCCUUGAUGAAUCUCAUGAACGCGUGUUUUCCACUAAGGAAGGAGUACAACAACAUGUGUUGGGUUUGUACAUUAUCAGAGGCGACAACAUAGGUGUUAUCGGGGAGCUGGACGAGGAGCUUGAUGCUGGUCUGGAUUUGUCAAAGCUGAGAGCUCAUCCGUUGAAACCCGUCGUUCAUUGAUUGAAAAUAGUUAUGGUGAGAAAGCCUAAUUCUCAUUCAAAGCCUUAAAAACAAAGAGAAAAUUUCAUUGUAAACAAUUUGGAUAGUUUGUUUUGAUGUCUGGACAUGUCUUGUUUGUGUAUCCUAAGGACAAAAGCUAUAUGAUAUUUAUAUCUUAACGUUUUUGGUCUGAAAGAUCGUCGUUGACUUUUUUUAAGUUUCUCUUUAAGUUUCUGUAGGUUGUAUCAAAAUAAAAUCCAGUUCUUUGA